AUGGAUCCCAUGUCGAUAGCAGCCGGCAUGGUGAAAACAACAGCAACAUGCACCACGCUGUUGCAAGCCAUCGGCCGCUACAUCGUCGAAACCAAGACCGCUUCCGUUGCAGUCUGCGAGUUCCACGGCAUGAUCCGUACGCUCGACUACUCGAUCGUCGAAAUAUCAAAGCUUCUGCACCAGCGCGGCCCCGAAGUCCUACCCUUUGAGCGCAAACACCAUGAGCACAUACAAAGCAUUGUCAACUCGUGCGCGUGUACGCUCGAGAGGUUGGAAACAAAGCUCGACGAUGGCCAGUGGCGACAGGGCGAGACAGACGACUUCUCAACAGCAAGGAUUGACUUUGACCUGGCUUUGGGGUCCAAAAUGAUAAGGCAGCUGACAAGCCUUAUUAAAAGCUACAAUAUCGUCCUGCAGCUGAGUUUGAUAACGCUGAGUCUCACAGUAACUUGGGCCGCGGAAGGGAGCCAGGGAGAGAUUAAGGAAAUGAUACGGCAGUUGGCCGAUUCUAUACCACAGCUGCAUCCCAAAAGACCGAGUGUGCAGCCAAACUCCCCGUUUCUCAUCGACAUGAACGACGGCGUGACCGACUUCAACAUGUCGAUGCCUCGCGAGAUUCGAGCUUGGAGGCUCUCGGCUGAAAAGGUCGCGGCCGCUGUGAGCUUGUAUGACCCCGAUCAAAUGUCUCAAUUCGACUUCGAUAGCGCCAUCUGCGAAUACAGUAAUGAUUGCAUUUGGGAGGCAAUCCCCAGCGACAGCGGUGUUGAUCUCGUCUUUGACCAAGAACACGAGUCAAAUUCAUCUGUAAAGGCCUCAGAGUCCCGAUAUGGUAACGACGACUACGUUUGCCCUCACCUUUUGCAGUCUCAAUUCGAGAAAGCUCGAAAGACGGUCACUCACCUGGUUUCUUGUGGGCUUUUCAUCGAGGCUUCGAGGUUCCAGCGUAAAUGCAUUGACUAUAAAAUGUCUUUGGCCAACCUAGACGAGCUACCAACCCCCAGGGCUGAGCUGGCAGACAUGCAGGAGGAUCUGGCCGAGAUUCUCCUCAAGACUGGCACGCGAGAUGGAGAGGCUGGUGCUAUCGAUACACUUGAAAAGUUGCUGGCUGAUAAGGAUAGUGAGCCGACUGAAACCCUGGACCACCACAGACGUUGUAGGCUAUACCACAGACUUGGCAGCAUUUAUAUGCUGUCGUCUCCGAGCGAACACGACCAGGCAGAACGACUGAAAUUGGCAAGGGGUUUUCUCAUGCGCGCCUUCAAUGGGAGGCGAGAGAUGGAGCCCAUGCCGCGAGACCUAGUCCUCGAGUCUGGCGACCUUUUGGUUAGAGUAAUGCAUCUCGAUCGGGACUUUGAGUCAGCGAGAAGCUACAUGGAAUGGAUGAGGAGGGAGCUUCGGCCCGACCUAUCUAAUCCAGGUUCGUACAAACAGCAACGGAAGCGCCUUCGGAGCCAAGCACAGAGCAGCGUCGGGGCGGUUGCCGAGGUCCGCGCCGACGAAGCAGAUAGCGAGGAGCUUGUGAACGCAUACAUGUGGUCACAAAGCAAAGGCUUUGACAUCGGUGCUGGAAACUUCGAUUUCGCGACUUGCAGUGCCUCUCGGGGAACAUCUCCACUACACAUGGCAGUGUUUGAGGAGAAAUUGGGCAUAAUCAAACCCAUGUUAGCGUAUGCCUCGAGUCUUGAGCACCGUGACUCCAAUCACCUAACGCCAUUGCUCCUGGCGUGUCGCACACGUAAUUACAAGGUUGUCGACAUUCUUCUGCAAAACGAAGCGUGUUUUAUCGACGCUGGUGGGUCAGUUGUGUCCGACUGUUGUGGAAAGUCUGCAUUACACUUGUGCCAGGUCAAGAAGGGAGGUGUGCGUGUCGCCAAACUACUGGUGCGGUACGCACAGCGGCUGGUUUGCCCAUUGCCACUCAAGGAAUUGGCAACAACAGUGGGCUCCCGUGCCGACGUCCAGCUGCUUCAGGCAGUGGACCACGCCGGGAAAUCGGCACUUUUUACCGCGGUCGAGAACGGCAACGAAGAGAUGGUCCAAUUCUUGUUGGAAGCUGGCGCGUGCCCGAAUCUACUCGACAACCUCGGCAAAACGGCACUAUACGUUGCCUGUGAGCGUGGAGAUGAGCGAGUUGUCAGGCAGUUGCUCUCGCCGAAGAAUGGCUCUGCCGACCCGAACGCCCCAGGGCCGGGCCUGUGCACUCCACUGAUGGCCGCGCUGGAACAUGGGCCCAGUAUUGCGGUCAAGAUGGCUCUUGCUCGAAUGUUGCUAGAGGCCGGGGCGGAUCCAAAUAGAGCCGACGGGGACGGUCGAACGGCUCUCAUGGUUGCCAAGCAGUCGAGCUUCAGUUCACAACUGGUGAGACUGAUGCAAGAUGCAGCGGCUAUGGUGAGUCGAGUCGAGCCAUCGCUGCAUCCAAAGUCGAACUCAUGCGGCGAGAAGGUCUCGAAAGACAGGCUGGCAUGGACUAGCUCCAUGUCCCUGGCGAAGCUGGAGAAGCUGAACAGCGUCGCCAGUCAAGCUCACUGUAUCAAGUCAUUAGAGCAUCAACCGUUCAUUUCAAUGUCGGCAGCUUGGAAGUCGCCCCACCCGGAGCCCAAUCUGGCUCGCGUCUGCAAAGCCGGCCAGGCCAACUGGACUGACUGGGCCAACCAUCCAAUCCGCGGCAGCAUAGCAGAGCAGAGCACAGCACAGCACAGCACAAGUCUAGCCAGGCAGGCUUUUUGCUCCGAUCGCAAUCCCCAGCCCAAAUCCUACCCCAAGUUGCACGCACGCACACCCAAAUCUCAACAACUUGACGCACUGCGGCAGAUGGCCGGCGGGCCUAGGUAUCAGCAGCAGUCGACUGGGCCAAUAUUUUAUCAACAAAACGCGCCGAACUCGACUAUACAAAACGCCCACCUCUUGCAAUCUCUCCUUAACCAAUUCGUCGCCUCCCUUCCUCCAUCGCCCACACGAUCACCAAAUCGCAACGGCUCCCCGAGCCAGACGCCUCAAGGCAUGUACAACCACAAUCAACAGCAGGGGCACAACCCUCGGCUGAACAAUAACCAGCCGGGCCGGGGGAUGCCGAUGCACUACAACUUUCAGCAACAAUCGGCCCUUCAGCACCAAUCCCACGCCCAGCACCAUCCGAGUCUCCAGCAGGAGCACUCGGGUCAAUCGAAUAAUUCUGGCGCUAUAGGACACCACUCCAACUAUUCCAGUGGCAUCCUGGCCACUGCGAGCCCGUUCUCAGCCAACCUACCGAAUGGCCACAACUCGGUAACGAGGGGCGGCCAAGCGCAGCCCAUCACAGAACACUGGGCUGAGCAGUUGCGCCUGCACGAGUUGUCAAAGCGAGCCCACGCUACCAUGCACGAUGAGGGGCAACCGCAUUACUACGCCAGAACAAAGGCAAGUGACAAUAGGGUCGCGCCCUCAGCCGCCGGUGCCGAUGGGACUAGUGCCGAGGGGGAAACGGAAGACAGGAGACGGCCAGUCCCUGCAAAACCACAAGAAAAGCAGUUGUGGAAGAACUUGGACUUGAGUGGGCAACAGAUCAGGAGCCUCUCCAUGAGCCUCUUCAAGUACAAGUUCUUGCAGGAAUUAUACAUUUGCUCAAACAGGCUCGACACACUGACUCCGGCCAUUGGUGAGCUGCGUCAACUACGCAUCCUCGACGCAUCGCACAACAUGCUCAAAGACCUGCCCCCGGAGAUUGGCAUGUGCACAUCGCUGAAGCAGCUGCUUCUUUUCAACAACCAGAUACACACACUUCCACAUGAGGUCGGAUCUUUACAUCAUUUGGAACAGCUUGGGAUUGAAGGCAACCCAUUAGACCCCGAAAUCAUGAGCGUGAUCAAGGAAAAGGGUACAGCCGUACUCAUCAAGGAUUUGCUCGAGAAACAACCUGUCCCCAUGCCUCCCCUACCGCGGAAGCCGAUAACGAUACAAGAAGAUGUCUCUUCAGCCCUAGAACGGAUAAAGGUGUUUUCUUGGAACAUUCUCUGCGAGCGGUAUGCGACCGAGAACAUGUACGGCUACACCCCAUCGGGUGCUUUACAGUGGGAGUACCGUAGGAGGAAGAUUUACCAAGAGAUCGAAGAGCGCGAUGCGGACUUUCUGUGUCUGCAGGAAGUCACAACGGAAGCUUUUCGGGAGGACUUCAGCCCCGAGUUGGCAAAGCUAGACUACAAGGGCAUACACUUCCCCCGCACCAAGGCUAAGCUCAUGAGCGACAGGCAAAGCCUGCAGGUCGACGGUUGCGCAAUCUUCUACAAGAACAGCAAAUUCAUCCUGCUUGAUAAGCAAGUCAUUGAACCACAGAGCAUUGCCAUCAACAGAGCCGACAUGAAAUCCCAGACUGAUAUAUUCAACCGUGUCAUGCCAAAAGACAACAUCGCGGUGUUGGGAUUCUUCGAGAGCCGCAGGACGGGUGCCAGGAUGAUAGUUGCCAACGCACAUCUAGCGUGGGAGGGUACACUGGCCGACGUCAAAAUCGUCCAGACGGCCAUCAUCAUGGAACAGAUCACCAAGUACGCGGCCAAAUACACCAACUGGCCUGCUUGUGCAGACAAGAAGAUGAUUCGGCUACCCAGCUCGGACGAAGGCGAAAUCAAAGACGAGGUGCUCGUCGAGCCGGCGCCAUCUCAAGAGUAUCGCAACAACACCGACAUUCCGUUGUUUGUAUGCGGUGACUACAAUUCCACCUCGGACAGCGGUGUCGUGGAGUUGCUGUCGAAGGGCCGUUUGGCACCUGAUCACCCAGAGCUGGCAGGCCACGAGUACGGUAUCUUCACGCGCGAUGGCAUCGAGCACCCAUUUAGCCUCCGGUCCGCGUAUGUGCACCUUGCCAACACGCCGGACGACUUGCCCUUCACCAAUUAUGUGCCAGACUUUGCCAAUGUCAUUGACUACAUCUGGUAUUCUUCCAACAACCUCGAGGUGGUGGAGCUACUUGGGCCGCCCGACUUGCAACAUCUCAAGCGUGUGCCUGGUUUCCCAAAUUACCACUUCCCGGCUGACCACAUCCAGAUCAUGGCAGAGUUUGUCAUCAAGGCAAGGAAGGACAAGAAGAGCGGCGGCGGAGGUGGCGGUGGACAAGGAUCAUCGGGGGCGUAGUGGCGUCGUUGAUGUGCUUUUUACUCACUGGUCGACCCCUUGCUCCCCGCCCUUUUCAGUUCGUAUCAUGUUGCGUCUUGACGUUUUGCUUGUCUGGGUUUAUCGUUUCGUUUCGUUUUCUUUUUGUCUUUCUGCGUUAUGUAUGUUUUUUUUUCUUCUCUUUUUUCCCUCUUAUCAAGUCUCGAUUUUUCCAUUUUUCAUCCCAUUUCGUUUUUGGAUCUGGUCUUAUAAGGAAAGGAAAGAAAGGAAAAGAAAAGGGCGGCUCUCACAGCAAACGUCUACUUGUAGGUAGCUUUUGUCCGGUCUGUUUUUUUUUCUUCUUGGUUUUCCCCGGCUUUAGGGGAGUCCAUUUUUCGCUCGUGUCAAGCGUUUUCAUUGUCGAGAAACUCUCCAUUCUCCCCCUCAAUCCAGUCCAAAGGAUAAUGAAAGAUGAAGAACAAAAAGAGAAAGAAGAGAGAGAAAAAAGAAAAGGAAUUCAAAUAAAACCGACCCUUUCUCGUGUGCUUGUUUUGGGGCUACUUGAGUCGGAGUAACUUUUUCUGGCACGUAACUGUCCUUGCAAACGAGAGAAUUUUUGUACUGGUCUUUCUUUUUUGGUGAUCCAAUAUAUCGUGGAGAUAUUGAGAGGUAGUGUGCGCAAAGGCAGAGGGGAUUUCUUUCUUUGUUCACUUUUUGUACUUUUUUCUCUGUUCUUUUUUUGGUUUACUCUUUUACCACUCUUUUGCUCAUGAUCCGUCACUGGAUGGUUUUGUGGAAGGCCAAGAAUGAGCUGGGAGAUGGUCCAGGGCAAACCUCGGCCGCCCCGUGAGGUCUGGUGGCUUUAUCUUUUUCUGGUCCCGCCGCCUGGAAAUUUCCGCCUUUGCCACUCUGGGGAACGUGUAGUGGAAGAGUCUGGAUUGGUAAAGAUGGGUGGGAGGCUAGGGACUUGGUCUGCAAAUGAAAUUCAUUGGUGGUUAUUGAUGAAAGAGGAUGCCGGAUUUCUAUCUUUUUAUUUGCCGAUUAAGAAACCAAAAACACACAAAACAAUAUACGAAGUCCCCCACAGGGGGGGAAACAACAAAAGUCCUCUUAUUAUCAAAAACUCUGGCACCCCUGGUGUUUUUGAAAGUCUCGGG